AUGGAUGAAGAGAUACAAGAAACAGAGCUCAGGAAAAGAGUGAAGUAUCAUGUACAGAGAGAUGUUCUGGAUGAACUCAGUGUCGACAAAGUAGCUGAGAAGUCGGAUUUCAAAAUUCCACUGAAGGACAAAUUCAAAGAUGCUGUCAGGUGUACAGGCCCAAAGUUUAAGAGCUGUUUCUUCUCUGUCAUUCCUCUCCUGUCAUGGCUGCCGCAAUACCCACUCAGAGAAAACAUUGUAGGAGAUCUGAUAUCAGGAAUCAGUGUGGGAAUCAUGCACCUGCCACAAGGUAUGGCAUAUGCUUUACUGGCUGCAGUUCCUCCAGUGUUUGGUCUUUAUUCUUCUUUCUACCCCAUUCUCAUCUACUUCAUAUUUGGGACAUCCAAACAUAUCUCUGUGGGUACGUAUGCAGUAAUGAGUGUAAUGAUUGGAAGCGUGACAGAGCGUAUGGCUCCAGACUCAGACUUUAUGUUGCCGGGUAACGACACCAACAGCACCAUCAUAGACACUUUCAGUCGUGAUGCGGAGAGGGUGAAGAUCGCGGCCACUGUAACUUUCUUAUCGGGCAUUUUUCAGUUGCUCCUGGGUCUGGUUCGGUUUGGUUUCGUGGUGACGUACCUGUCAGAGCCACUGGUGAGAGCUUACACAACAGCUGCCGCCAUCCAUGUUAUCGUCUCCCAGCUUAAAUACACUUUUGGAAUCAAUUCAAAUCGGUACAGUGGACCACUGUCUCUUAUAUAUACGAUAUUAGAGAUUUGUUCAUUGCUUGGAGAAACUAACAUCGGUACCCUGGUAGUUAGUAUUGUAACCAUCGUUGGUUUGGUCAUUGCCAAGGAACUUAGCGCCUUGGCAGCAAAGAAAAUUCCUAUUCCUAUUCCUGUUGAGCUCAUCGCUAUUAUUAUAGCUACUGUGGCGUCGUGGCAGAUCGAUCUAAAAACCAAAUACAAAGUGGAAGUAGUUGGAGAAAUUCCAUCAGGGCUGCAGGCCCCUGUGCUGCCUGCUUUUUCCCUGCUGGGUUCAAUGAUUGGUGAUGCUUUUGCUCUGGCUGUUGUUGGAUAUGGCAUUGCUAUUUCUCUCGGUCGAAUUUUCGCUCUAAAAUAUGCCUACAAAGUCGACAGUAACCAGGAGCUUAUAGCGCUGGGUCUGUCCAACUCUGUCGGUGGGACGUUUCAGUGUUUUGCCAUCAGCUGCUCGAUGUCUCGUAGCAUGGUGCAAGUCAGCACAGGUGGGAAGUCACAGGUUGCUGGAGCUGUCUCUGCUGUGGUAAUUCUGGUGAUCUUGUUGAAGAUUGGAGAACUCUUUGAGGAGCUUCCAAAGGCAGUGCUGGCUGCUAUCAUUUAUGUAAAUCUGCAUGGCAUGAUGAAGCAGUUUGGCGACAUCUGCUCCCUCUGGAAGACCAAUAAAGUAGAUAUGGUGGUGUGGGUAAUGACUCUGAUCUUGACAUUGUUACUUAACCCUGAUCUGGGACUGGCUGCAUCUAUCGCCUUUUCCAUCCUCACUGUUGUCUUCAGAACGCAGCUACCAAAAUACUCUCUCCUCGGCCAGGUUCCUGGCACUGACAUCUACAAACCAGUUGAGGACUACAACCAGGUGAAGCAGAUUCCUGGCCUAGUGAUUUUCCGCUCAUCUGCAACAUUGUACUUCGCCAACGCUGAAAUGUACACAGAUGCCCUCUACGAGAAGACCGGGGUCGACGUGGCUAAACUUCUCUCACACAAGAAGAAAUUAGAAGCAAAGAGACUCCGUAAGGAAAAGAAAGCAGCGAAGAAAGCCAAGAAGGAAGCCAAGAAGAGAGCCAAAGAAGCUGCCAGUCACGCUUAUAAACAUCAGGUAAUGACACACUGUUCAGAGUUGUCAGAAAUAAGUGAGGAUGAGCUUGAUUUUUCAGAUGUAGAGGCAAAUGGAAAUGUGCAUGAGCUGUCAGUCAAAAAGCAAAUAAAUGUCUUCACUGUGGAGGCGGGGUCUGGCCCAGACACUGACUCCGCCCUCCCAGAGGCCAUCAUUCUGGAUCUGAGCCCCGUGAACUUCCUGGAUACAGUGGGCGUAAAGACUCUACGCAAUAUCUAUAAAGAUUAUGGAGAGGCUGGUGUGGAGGUGUACCUAUGCGGCUGUCAGAGAGGUGUUAUAGAGAGUAUGGAGAAAGGUGAUUUCUUCAAUGAAAAAGUAACAAAAUCGAUUCUCUUCUCAUCGGUACAUGAUGCUGUUCUUUAUUGCCAGGAAGGAAAUAAUAAGGAGGCCAUGCCGGGAACACAUUUCUAAAUCCAAACAUAGCAGGACAUGAUACUGUACACAACACCCUGAAGUAUGACAGACUAAGGAGAGACACUUCACCAUACACUGGAAAUUAAGUAAAAUGCUGGGUUGUUAUUUAUUGUGCAAAUAGUAAACAUUUAAAGUAUUUCUCAUUGUGAAAAAGAUCAAAAAUUUUGUUUUUGUUCAAUUAUGUUUUUCAGUAAAUAUAUGAAAAUACAUCUGCAACAGAGGUGCAAAAUAACAUGUAAAUCAACUGUUAUAAAUAUAGUUACAGUUUCAGAGAUGGAAAUGUAAACCUUUUAUCUGAUGUUGUGUGUAUUAUAAAAUGGAUAAUUAAGCACGAAUGUAAAACCAGUUUCUUACAAUACAUUUAGACUACUAGAACGUUUUUGUUUUUUUACAGGAAAGCAUGACUACAGCAUGAUAAAAAGUUACAUUAUAUAUAUGCGAGUAACUGUUUAAUGCAAAAAUGUCCCUAAAAUGUUUAUGCUUAGUCUGAUCAGCUGAUAAGCAUCCUAAUGAUAGAUAGUAAAAUUCAGUUAUGUUUUAGCAAUCAGAUUUUUAUUUUACUUUUUAUUCCUUUAUUUAUAAUAUUUUUGGUAUUGAAAACAAAUCUAUUUUUUCUCAUUUAAUAGCAUGGUGUUCUUGUGUAUUUUAUGUAUGUGACCUGUCAUGGCGGAACAAAUUUUGUUUUUUAUGUAAAUGCUGGUCUUGUUCUCUGGCCUUUCCUUUUCAUGUUAGCAGAGAAUAGAAACUGGUCUGACAACGUUGAAUAUUAUAAAACCUGCUAAACUAGCCUGUUGUUCCUUAUGACAUAAUCACAUGCACCUGCAAAGUAUCGACUGUCUGUUUAGCUUAAAAGAAAGAGAGAAUGUGUGUAAUAUAGAUCAGAAUAAAAGACUUUAAAACUGUUUUUGAUUCACACAAGAAAGAUUUCAGAAAGAGUGCUUAACACACACUCUAAGUUCUUAUAUCAGUAAGAAAUCUAUCAGUAACUAUAUGUGUCAAAUCGAGUCUCGCACCCAAGUUUAAACAUUGGCACUUGAUAUGCAAAGGUGUGUUUAUCUAUUUUAGCAGUAUAACGAAUAUAAGAGAGAAAGUGUGUGUGUGUGUGUGUGUGUGUGUGCGCGCGUGUGUGUGUGUGUGUGCGCGUUUUCGG